CUGCCGAACUCUCUCCUAACGAGCGAUACAUCAAUCUUUUAGUGAUAAGGUUUUCUUUUUGUCGCAAAGCACCACUAGAAGUGAUCACACUUGAAAAUUGCAACCACAGUGAGUUGUACACGGUCGGUCGACAAGAUUGGAUGCUGUUUAAAUUUUUGGUGCCAUGAUUCCAACUGCUGAGCAAAUUGCACUGUGGGAGAAGGAAUACUCUCCUAGCGAAUGGAGUAAACGGUUUUCCACGGCAGCCGAGGUCAUAGACUUCCACUUGAAGUUGGUUACCGACGUGAGCGACAAAAAUAGGAAAGAGCUCAACUGCGAACUGGACGUAGAAUAUGGUAGUGACGACAGCGAGAAAUUUGAUAUCUACGGUGACGAUCUACCGGAAGAUGCACCCCUGUUCGUGUACGUUCACGGUGGUUAUUGGCAAAUGUUGAACAAAAAGGAUUCCGCCUACAGCGUUAAGCCACUCGUUCAGAAAGGCUAUCGAGUGAUUGUACUGGACUACGAGCUAUGUCCAAAAAUAACACUGGAAGAGGUAGUGAGGCAAAUGAAAUGCGCCGGCGAAUAUAUUCUCAACUACGCGGAGGAAAAUCGUGUCAAACACAUUUCAUUCGCUGGUCAUUCCGCUGGGGCACAUCUGUUGGCAGCCAUGCUCGACCGUACCUUCGUUGCUACUGUUGGAGACGAAAUUCAGCUCGUAAAACAUGUCUAUCUAAUAUCUGGAGUGUUUCGCUUGGACGAGUUGCGCUUCACCAAAGCUGUAAACGAGAACAAUUUGCUUUCUUUGAAUGACGAAAACGUUACGGAUCUUUCGCCGGUAACCAUCGAUUAUCAACACUUGUCUGGCUGCGGUAUGAAGUUUCAUGUAUAUGUUGCUGAAAAUGAGAGCAACGUGUUCAAACAAAUGUCGGAGGAUUUGCACAAACAUCUAAACAAAUUUGGAAUCGCAAGUUCUUUGCACAUUUUACCCGACUUGGACCACUUCGAUAUUGUAGAGAAGCUCGCAGAUAGGGAUUACGCAAUUACAAGUGAAAUACUUAACAACUUUGAAUCGUAACACGGUAUGUGAUUUGAAGGAAACGAUUUGAUAAACAGUCAAUAAA